AUGGGUUGUUCUUAAGAAAAACCUCCAAAAUCACGAGAAAUUCUUCCCCCUAAUCCUCCUAUUUUAACAGAAUCAGACCUUAAGAUUACUAUUUAGAAAGUAACUAUCAAAAAAUUAUCAUAGUUUUAAUAAUUUGCUAUAGUAUAAAAAUAAAAAAUAACAAAUGAAGGUCUUGAAUGGGAAAGAUAAUUAAAAUAAAUGUUAAUCAAUGAAAAAAGGGAUAAAGAUUAAGAAUAUUAAUUGUUUACUAGAUUGACUCAAAAAAAUAAAUACUUAGAAACUGUUGAAUUUAUAAUUCUUCAUUGUUACUCAUUAUCAGACUAAUCAAAUAAAAUUUUUAGAUGUCAAGGUCAAACUUAACCAAUAAAACAUCUAAUGUCAUAUAUAGAAAGUAUAAUAUAUGCUUCAGACAAAUUGAACAUGGAUAAAGCUUAAUAAUUUAACUAAUAUUUUUUAUUCUAUUUUAAAUUAGAUGUUAAUUAAUUGAAAAAUGUUAGUCAAGAAAUUUAAAAUCUUUAUAAAUAUCCAUUUCCUACUUAUUCUGAAAUAAUAAUUAUGUAAAAAUGUUUGCUCAAAAAUAUAAUUUAAGUCAAUAAUAGAUAAACCAAGUUGGACAUUAAUUUCAAUUUGAAGAAAACCAUAUGA